AUUUUUUGAUAAGAGUUGAAAAAAAUUAGGCGAUCAAUUUCAGUUGACAUUAGAAGCUUGUGCCAUGACGAACAUUACUAUACGCGAGUUGAAACCAGAAGACCUCGAUGAAUAUUGUAGAUUUCUCUAUGUAAACUUCUACGGUCAUGAGCCAGUUUUGCAGACACCCGGAGAUCAUAAAUUCGAUCCUGAUACAGCAGAGAGACGUGCAUCUCGUCUAGCCGUCAUAAAACAGGAUCUGUCUUUGGUUGCUGUGGAUUCUAGCGAUGGAGGUCGCAUCGUGGCCUCAGCCUAUGCCUCAUCCAAAGUUCCAGAUGACUUGGAGAAAAGUUGGAAUGAGGUCAAUGAGAAUAAACCUACGGAAUUUAUUGACCACGUGUACUUAUUUCUUCGCGGGGUUGAGAAACGUUCGAAUAUAUUUCAACAUUUCGAAGUAUCCAAAGCUCUCUACCUAAAUAUUCUUAGUGUCGAUGCAACAGUGCGGAAUCAAGGAUUGGGACGUCGUCUAGUAGCUGCCUUAAUAGAGCUAGGCCGGUCCAAAGGAUUUCCAAUAAUUGCAACCUCAUGCACCAGCUUGUAUUCAACUCGAGUCGUGGAAGCUCUGGGAAUGAGUUGUGUUUACUCGGAGAACUAUUCAGACUAUAGAGAUGAGGAUGGAAAUGUGGUAAUAAAGCCACCAGAACCACAUACAUCUGUCAAUAUCAUGGCAAUGAAAUUGUAG